UUGAUUAUUGUUAGUUAGUAGCCUGCAGGCAAGUUUUAAAGAGUUGGAUAUUCCAGUGUACGCAUGUCUUAUUCUUGGAAGUUUCAGUCUCAUAGAUUACAUGUCCAUUGUCUCCACUGAUUUGGGCGAGUUCAAAUUUGCCCUGUGCGCCUCCAUUUCAGUGCAUGCAAGUACAGGCAGGUAGCUUGAUUCUGCAAUUAUGCAUGAUACAUCCACGUGCUGUUAUAAGCAUGCUGGCGAAUACCACAAGUCUACAGGGAAGGCCAAGUGGGUCCUUCAUAAUUUAAACGGGUGGGAUACACAAGUGUGUUAGGAAAGUACCUUUAAUUUAUAGCUUAAUGGGGCUUAGUUAGAGUUGGCAUUGGGUGGACAAUCUUUGUAAACCGUGAGAACCCCUCAGUUGGUAUAAUCUGAUGGGGCAAAUUAUUGGAGUCUCAACUACCAAAGGUAUCUUUAGGUAGACCCACAGGAUGAUACUACAGCUUGAACCAGUGGCCAUGUGAUCCCAUGUGCACUUUGGAAUAUAAAUCUCAACUAAACGCAGCUCUUUUUAUUUUUAAUUUUUAUUUUGUUAACAAGCUUUUCUAUGAUUUGCUUGUUCUUAGAAUACCUGCCAUCUCUUGAGAGUUUGGUGCUAGAGAUACAAAACUAUUUUAUCUUCUUGUUCUUAGUUAUUUAUUAAAAGCCUUGAUGCUUAAAUUUGGCUUUAUCCUUCGUAGGUUAUGUAAUUUCUUGGACGGUGAGGAUGCUUCCAAAUAGAAAGGAAGAUGAAUUAGGUGAAAGAAGGAAAUAAAAUUGUUUGCCAUGACUUGCAUUUCUAACUGUUGUUUUGUCCUGAUCCUAAAUGGAUAAUGUUCAUGAGCUGGUUUGUUCUUUACUUGGGGUAUCAACUUUUUACUCGUCCUAUGAUGUUCCUAGUAUUUGGCUUUGAUCCCCUCAAAAAAGUGUGUACACACACAGACACAACUAACUCGCUGGGCAUCCUAUCAGCUGUACAGACUUCAUGUUUGAGAACUUCAUGACCUGUGCAAGUACACGUGUGUCCAUUUAUGUGCUUCUGCUGUAUUCUGUUCAUUCACGAAAGUGAGCUGCCGAAGAUAUUCUAAUAGCAUAACCUUUCUUAGUUUAUGGUCUUUUUUGUUUUUCAGUUAAUUUUGGUUUAACUAGGAUUUGAACUCAUGGGUUUAGUCUGGUGUUGAACUCUAUAAAUAUGUGUUCAACACUCCAAUAACCAUUCCUUUACUUUUGGCUAAAAAAAGUAAAAAACCUUGUACAAUCAAGCUAAAACUCACUCGUUGGUUUAUUGGUUUAUAGUUACUGGAGUGAAAAAUUGCAGACACUUGAAAAAAGAACCAGAUAUAACUCUGCAAAGUAUCUGCUGGUAUGAUGGAAUUAUCUCUAUAACGUUUAUUAUCUUUAAAAAAAUGUAUAUAUAUAUAUAUAUCAAACUUGAUAAAAAGUUCAAGUGCGAUUGAGCUGUAAAGAUCCAUAGUUCUUGGUUCUAUGAGUGGAAUUCGCAGCUGAAGUAGGAUCGUUGAUCAGGUGUGCACAGCUAAGAUUUCUAUGAAGGGGAGGAAAAAAAAAGAGAAAAAGCUAUUAGGAGCAUGAUGAGAAAAAUAUGGCAGAUAAAAAACCUAUUUUCCACAAUGUGCAGCCAUCUGAUUGCUUUCUGGUUCAAUUCUGAUGAUUUCUGAACAUUGCAGGAUUACGAGAUUUGAACGCCACAUAAUAUCAUAUUAUUAAAAAGAAAUUCAAAUAAUAUUAUAUGAAUCUCCUAAUCUGAAUCCAAGAUUAAACAUAUUAUUCAUAUAACACGAUCUUUUUAAUGCAAAUUGUGAUCCCUCCCCACAAGCUGCAAGAUCAAUUUGUCUUCUAAGAUAGCAUUUUCUGAAGAGUAAUUGUGAAGUUUCGAGUAAAAUGGGUCAGAGGUUGAACUAACAGAAAUUCAAUUUCAGAGAUGUGAUUGUCUUCAAAGGGAUUUACCCCACUUCUUUUUUUUUUUUUUGUUUUCUGCAACAUCACAAUAGCUUAUUUUCUUAUCCAUUCAAGUUUACAGAUUCAAAGAGUUUUCUUAUCUUUCUAACUUUUACAGACAUCCAAUCAUUUUAAUUGAAAUAUUUCUUCCUAGUUAUCUGAAACUUUCCACUUUUAUCUCCCGAAUAAAAAAAAAGAAAAAAAAAAACUAUCUGAAACUUUCCACCACAAGCAAAUCCCACAGGUGAUUCCCUGUAGACAUCUUGAACUUCUUGAGAGAGAAUACAGAAUAAACAAUGCAAAAAUAAGAGAAAAAAGAUAGCUUUCUAAUCCUUCUUCUACUAUCUCGUUAUAUCUGAUUCUUUUAUCUACAAGAAUUUGGAAAAGCUGGCUAACAAGAACAAACCUAUGAUGAAAUUUAACUUUAACAAGACAAAUCUUUUAGUGUCAAGCAAUAAAGUUAAGGCUUUAUCUUGGUGGGAAAACAGUCAUUCUUGCUAAUCUAAUGCUUUCUGAAGCAGACAUGUUCCUUCUUUUUCAAAAAAAAUCAAGAUAUCCUUUUUCAGUUUUCUUUAUUAAGCUGGCGGCAAAAGUGACAACUCCAUAAAAUUAUAGGCAUACAAGAGAUGUCAAUUAUGCCUUUUUUUUUUAUUCCAUAAUUUAAUCCUGCACACAUGGGGCUAUGAGCUUGGCAGCAUUACAGCCAAUGUUCUCUUUUGCACGUCUAUAAAUACAGCUUUUUCCUUCUAUACAUCCAUUGACUCUUGCCAUCCAAUCUGAUUUCUCUAAGUUCAGACUACUUCUGAAAUGGAUUUUCUUGGCAUUUAUCUGAUAACUUUCCUAGCCAUUAGCAAAAGAAUUCAUGGGUAUGCAAGUGGAUGGUCUAAUGCUCAUGCUACCUUCUAUGGAGGUGGUGAUGCUUCUGGCACAAUGGGAGGAGCUUGUGGUUACGGAAACCUUUACAGCCAAGGCUAUGGGACAAACACAGCUGCUUUGAGCACUGCUCUAUUCAACAAUGGACUAACUUGUGGAGCAUGUUUUGAAAUCAAGUGUGCAGAUGAUCCUACGUGGUGCCUAACAGGUUCCAUAAUUGUCACAGCAACAAAUUUUUGCCCUUCAAAUAGUGCUCUCCCAAGCAAUGCAGGAGGCUGGUGCAAUCCUCCCUUGCAACACUUUGAUCUUUCUCAGCCUGUUUUUCAACACAUAGCUCAUUCCAAAGCAGGGAUAAUCCCGGUUCAAUACAGAAGGGUUGCUUGCAGGAAAAUUGGAGGAAUAAGGUUCACCAUAAAUGGACAUGCAUACUUCAACCUUGUCCUUAUAACCAAUGUUGGUGGUGCUGGUGAUGUUGUGUCCGUCUCCAUCAAAGGAUCUACAACUGGUUGGCAACUAAUGUCUCAUAACUGGGGCCAAAAUUGGCAAAGCAACUCCAACCUUAAUGGUCAAGCACUCUCUUUCAAGGUCACAACAAGUGAUGGAGACUCUAUCAUCUCAAACAACGUUGCUCCUCCCAACUGGGCUUAUGGCCAAACCUUCACUGGUAGACAGUUCUAGCUUUUAUAAACUGGGACUAAAACUGACUAAAAUCACUUAAAAAAGAUUAUAAACCCUAAAGCUCCUAAUGGUAAUUAGUAGUGAUUAAUUAUAAAUGAUUUGUAAACUAUGAUAUGUGAUGGUAAUUGUAAAAUAGUUACAAUGGUGGUCAUAGCAAUGGGCCCUUUUAGCCAUGGCCCCAAAUGCUACAUUUCUUGGGUUGCUGUUCUUCAGUUCACACCCUGUUUAUGGGUUGAUGUGUAAUGUUGGUUUAGAAGAUGAAAAGGGAUUCUCUGUGCCUCACCAAUUUUCAAGGUUAGGGUAAAAUCCCCACAGGUCAUUGAAGGGUGUGAGAGUUUUCUAGUUGACUGUAUUUUAAGCUUUUAGCUUGGAAGUGUUUCCAUGAAAUGUCACUGUAUGCAAUAAAUUCAAUAAGUGAGAUGGAAUUGAAUUUAAUCCUUCAAAUUUGUCAA